CUCUGGCAGUUUCUUUUUUAAAAGGCAAGCUCAAAGCCACAGAUUAUACAUUUUGCUCGCAGCCCGUGCGGGAUAAAUAACCUACAGAGAGAACGACAGCGUGUAACAGGCAUUUUAUCUCUCAUUUGGAGACGAGUAGCUUGCGCGUAAACGGCACCGGGCAUCACUGAAGGUUGAGAUCCAGGGAUAUUAUUUUGUUAUUUUAAUAUUUUGCAGGGAGGGAAGACUAUUCGUGGAUUGUGAGCAUCGGAUGCAGUGAUAUUUGAGCGCGCAAAGCACCUGUGGAUGCAACACCCCCUCUGAUGCUUGGACUCAAAUCAUUCGCAGAGAAAGGAUUCAGCGUGAGAUAUAGUUGAUAAUCGUUUCCAACCAACGCCCUGCUUUUAAUAUACGAGUCUCGCGCCAUGCUGUGGAGUGUUUCCUUGCUGCUUCCCCUGCUGAGCAUCACCGGCUGCGGCUCGUCCUUCGUGCCGUGCCAGCCGUGCGAUCAGAAGGCACUGUCCAUGUGCCCGCCGGUGCCGAUGGGCUGUCAGCUGGUGAAGGAGCCCGGCUGCGGCUGCUGCCUGACGUGCGCGCUCGAAGAGGACCAGCCGUGCGGCGUGUACACCCGGCCGUGCACGCGCGGACUCCGCUGCCUGCCCAAGAAUGGAGAGGAGAAGCCGCUGCACGCGCUGCUGCACGGCCGGGGGCUGUGCAGGAACGAGAAGUUGUAUAAAAUGCUGCAUCCCUCCAAAGACAGAGAAUCUCAGCAAACCAAAGCGCCCUUAAGAGACCACAUCAGCAGUCGGAAAGCCCAGGCCAUGAGGCAGGCCAAGGAUCGCAAGAAGCAGCUGGCCAGGCCGGGACCCUCCAGCAAUCUGGACUUCUCCCCGCUGAGCCUGGAUAAAUCGGAGCCCGAGUUCGGCCCCUGCGGAAGGAGACUGGAUAAUCUCAUUCAGAGUAUGAAGGACACUUCUCGGGUGUUGGCUCUCUCUCUGUACAUCCCCAACUGUGACAAGAAGGGCUUCUUCAAGCGCAAGCAGUGUAAGCCGUCUCGUGGUCGGAGAAGGGGGAUCUGCUGGUGCGUGGACCGAUUUGGCGACAAAAUCCCCGGCAUCAACUACACCGAGGGAGACCUGCAGUGCAAAGAUUUCGACAGCAGCAGCAACAACAACGAAUGAGAGGGAACCUCUUCUUAAACCCACCAAUCAAGCUAGCACACGUCAUGACGGCCAAUCAGGAAAAUAUGGCACAAAUGCUUCUAAGUAUGGCCAAGUGUGAUGGACUGUUUUUAUUUGUUUGUUUUUUUGAAAAGCGUCACAUGUAGGUCUUAACGCCCCAUUGACCGUAUAUGUUUGAUGGUAGCUAACACCUCACCUCUUCAUAUCCAUAGAUAAUAGAGGACUAUAUAUAUUUGUAUUAUAUUGAUAAUAUGUUGUGUACUGAGUGUAUCCUAGAAACUAUGAGACAAGACAUGUUUUCAAUGUGGCUUUUAAAGAAAAAAGGUUGUGGAGACACAAUUGAAAAGUUCUCGGUCCAAAUUAGCAUUACCUUACUAACUGUUACAUGUGAAUGACAACAGGAUGUAACAAUUGUUAUUCCUGACUUUAUAUCCUGCCGACUAACACUAAACGCACCAUCUUUUAGUCUACUUGUGCAGGAAAAAGAGGCAAACUGUUCUGGAUUGCUGUCGAAAUCCUGUUUUCCUCUCAAAAAACUGUCCAU